GUGACUUGCACCUACGGAGAGCUUGGAGAAAACACGGAAAAGUGGAAUUUUCCCGCGGAUCAGGAGUCUAAAGACGCAGUGUGAAAUCGCUGUUGUGCGCUUGCGCGCAGUUUCCCGCAUGCUCAGUAGCUGAGGUAGGGAUGCCAUCCUUCUCAAGACUUAUUGACAGUGCCAAAGCUCGGUACUGGACACAGCGAGGGACCUGGGUCUACGAUAACGCGCUUUUGCUCCUCCUGAAGUGUCUUUGGUCCAACGUUGUUCCAGAGUGUACCAUGGCUUCCAGUAACACUGUGUUGAUGCGGUUGGUAGCCUCUGCAUAUUCUAUUGCUCAAAAGGCAGGAAUGAUAGUCAGACGUGUUAUUGCUGAAGGAGACCUGGGUAUUGUGGAGAAGACCUGUGCAACAGACCUGCAGACCAAAGCUGACCGAUUGGCACAGAUGAGCAUAUGUUCUUCAUUGGCCCGGAAAUUCCCCAAACUCACAAUUAUAGGGGAAGAGGAUCUGCCUUCUGAGGAAGUGGAUCAAGAGCUGAUUGAAGACAGUCAGUGGGAAGAAAUACUGAAGCAACCAUGCCCAUCGCAGUACAGUGCUAUUAAAGAAGAAGAUCUCGUGGUCUGGGUUGAUCCUCUGGAUGGAACCAAGGAAUAUACCGAAGGUCUUCUUGACAAUGUAACAGUUCUUAUUGGAAUUGCUUAUGAAGGAAAAGCCAUAGCAGGAGUUAUUAACCAGCCAUAUUACAACUAUGAGGCAGGACCAGAUGCUGUGUUGGGGAGGACAAUCUGGGGAGUUUUAGGUUUAGGCGCCUUUGGGUUUCAGCUGAAAGAAGUCCCUGCUGGGAAACACAUUAUCACAACUACUCGAUCCCAUAGCAACAAGUUGGUUACUGACUGUGUUGCUGCUAUGAACCCCGAUGCUGUGCUGCGAGUAGGAGGAGCAGGAAAUAAGAUUAUUCAGCUGAUUGAAGGCAAAGCCUCUGCUUAUGUAUUUGCAAGUCCUGGUUGUAAGAAGUGGGAUACUUGUGCUCCAGAAGUUAUUUUACAUGCUGUGGGAGGCAAGUUAACCGAUAUCCAUGGGAAUGUUCUUCAGUACCACAAGGAUGUGAAGCAUAUGAACUCUGCAGGAGUCCUGGCCACACUGAGGAAUUAUGACUACUAUGCAAGCCGAGUUCCAGAAUCUAUUAAAAAUGCACUUGUUCCUUAAAGGAAAGUUUCAUUUGGCCGGGCGCGGUGGCUCACGCCUGUAAUCCCAGCACUUUGGGAGGCCAAGGCAGGUGGAUCACUUGAGCUCAGGAGUUUGAGACCAGCCUGGGCAAUAUCGUGAGACCCCAUCUCUACAAAAAUACAAAUUAACUGGGCAUCCUGUCAUGCGCCUGUCAUCCCAGCUACUUGAGAGGCUGAAGCAGAAGAAUCUCUUGAGCCCGGAAGGCGGAGGUUGCAGUGAACUGAGAUCGUGCCACUGCACUCCAGCCUGAGUGACAGGAGUUAAGCCCUGUCUCAGAAAAAAAAAAAAACACCCAAAAAGUACUUAAAGUUUCAUUUACUUAGCUAGGAGAAAGACUUGGUUCUCAAAAUAAUACAUUUUAAGAUUAAUUGGGUAGAAUUAGAGUUCCACCUUUAUUCAUUGUUGAGCAGUGAUUUAUAUUUAGUUAUUAUAUUUAGGAAUAGAAAAUAGAAUUAAAUAAUUUAACUUGAUUAAUCAACCAGACCAAUUUUGACGUCUGGAGAACUUAUAAACUCAAUAUGUUAUAUUUGUUUUCCUGUAUUUAGGUGGAGAAAUGAGAAAAAGCUUUAGUUCCAAUUGACAGUUCAGGUCAGUGUUCAAUCAACAUUCCUAUCUUCUAAACCAGAUUUCUCUUUUUUUUUCCUGAGACGGAGUCUCGCUCUGUAGCCUAGGCUAGAAUGUAGUGGCAUGAUCUCGGCUCACUGCAAGCUCCGCUUCCCGGGUUCAUGCCAUUCUCCUGCGUCAGCCUCCCGAGUAGCUGCUACUGCAGGCACCCGCCACCACGCCUGGCUAAUUUUUUGUAUUUUUAGUAGAGAUAGGGUUUCACCGUGUUAGCCAGGAUGGUCUUGAUCUCCUGACAUUGUGAACUGUCCGCCUCGGCCUCCCAAAGUGCUGGGAUUACAGGUGUGAGCCAACGCACCUGGCCUACACCAGAUUUCUUUAGGGCACAAUUGUUUCUGGAAUCUCACUCUUGUUUUUCACAGUAAUUUUAAAAACGUUUCUACUCCAAUUAAGAAGAUAUAUGAUGUUAUUAUAUAUGCUUAUGAAACAGAUUUAUGAGAAAAGUUUUUUUUUUAAUAAAUUAUUUAAUCCUAGCUCUUUGUUAUUCACCAGCUUUUUAAAAAAGUAUUUGAAAAUUAUACAUUCUCGACUUUGGGGAUUAGUUUAUUCUUGUGGCAUCAUUAUAAGGCUUAAUUGUGGAAAGCUAAGUACUUGCUUCUGUUCCUUCCAAUGAGAGAUUAUAACAUAAACUAUCAAAAUUAUUCUGCUAAUAUACGUAGAUUUUUAUUUUUAGGUCUCUGUCCAUUGCUUUUAAUUAAAAUUAUCUGUUUUCAAAUCAAA